UACCUUGGAGAAUCCCCCCCUCUCAUUGUGUCGACAUGGGUUGCCAGGAAGAGCCUUUGGUUCAAAAAGUGUGUGAUUUGUAUAUGCAAAUCUCUGGCCUUGAGAGCCUCAAACCCUCCAAAGAUGUCAACAUGAUCUUCACACAACUUGUUCUCACAUGCAUGCCACCCAGCCCAAUUGAUGUAACCAAGCUGUGCAAAAGGGUGCAAGAAAUGAGGUCAAAGCUGAUAAGGCUCUGUGGGGAGGCAGAGGGGCUUUUGGAGACUCAUUUCUCUACCAUCUUAGCCUCUUAUGAAAACCCACUUGACAAUCUCACUAUUUUCCCUUACUAUUCUAAUUACCUCAAGCUUAGCCUCCUUGAGUUCACCAUCCUUUCCCAACACUUGCAAAAUGCUCCUACCAAAAUUGCCUUUGUGGGUUCUGGUCCCCUUCCCCUCACCUCAAUUGUUUUGGCCUCCAAUCACCUCACACACACCUCCUUUCACAACUAUGAUAUUGACCCUUUAGCCAAUUCAAUGGCUGUUGCCUUGGUUUCAUCUCACCCUGACUUGUCAAACAGAAUGUUCUUCCACACUCAGGAUAUAAUGAAUGUAACAAAUGCUUUGAAAGAUUAUGAGGUUGUUUUCUUGGCAGCUCUUGUUGGGAUGGACAAGGAGGACAAGGUUCGAGUCAUCGAUCAUUUGGCUAAGUACAUGGCUCCUGGAGCUCUUCUGAUGCUGAGGAGUGCUCAUGGGGCUCGAGCUUUUCUCUAUCCUGUGGUUGAUCCUUGUGACCUUCGUGGAUUUGAUGUUCUUUCUGUUGUUCAUCCCACUGAUGAGGUCAUCAACUCUGUUGUCAUUGCACGCAAGUAUUCAGUGCCUAAUAUGCACUCUUUUGAUCAGCAGGGUCUUGGCCAUGGCCCCAUAAUUCUGCCCACCAAGUGUUCUGAAAUCCAAGCCUUCGAUCCCUUCAACCAUGGCAACAUGAUUGAGGAAUUGGCUGUUGAGGAGCAACUCUCCUAAACUCUGUCUUUUCUUCACCAACAUGACUGACCUCUAUGAUGAUGAUCAGUCAUGUAAUGCCUUUUCUUUUGUUUUUUUCUUCAUAUGUCACUGCUGCGUGUUUAACAUGUUUUCAUUUUGUGUUGUUGCAUCUUCAAAUAAAAAGGCUUCAAUGUUUCAAUAA